AUUAUUAUUUGGACCAAAGCAAGCGUGAUGGCACAUUUUUCUUUUCAAUAGUGGUAGUUGUUGAUUACCACUAUUCAAAUCAGACAUUGCAAGAAAUAAUUGCCCCGUGGAACAAAGUAGCCGAGCUUUUUGAAAAAUUAGAAACUCCUAAAAUAAGAAUCAAUAUUGCUGGAGUUGUAAUUCCGAAGAAAAAGAUUUGGAGUUCAACACAAAAAAGAAAAUUGCCGAACGGUAAUUCGAUAAAGUACUACCGUGUUCCAUCGAUAUUGGAGACAAUGACGACCUGGUUCCUGAACAACGCACACCACUUUGAAGCGACAUCCUACCAUAUGUUUGCCUACAUGUCAAAGUACCUGUUUAUCGAUCCUACAGACACGAACAGCAAUUGCUACUAUAAUUACAUUAUGGGCCCGUGCACUUGUGUGAAGAAAAACGAACCUGGGUCGGCAUUUGGAGGGCUGGUGUGGAAAGAACAUGAGUUUACUUUCAGCGCUGCACAACUAAUCGCAAUAGCACUAGGAAUUCCUUUGGACGACGUAUCAAAAUGUGGAACCGGUCAUAUAAUGGCGAUAAUGGAUCACAGCGCCAAUGCAACUUGGUCGGAAUGUUCAAAAGAAGCUUUUAAGAACUUUAACAGAAAUUCUGACUACGACUGCAUGCGAACUAUUAUUUACAAAGGAGAAAAUGAUUACGAAUAAUGUCUUAAUAUAAACUUUACAAAUCAGAUAAUAAUCAAGAAAGGUUAUGAACUGUUGAAAAACAGUUAUAUUAUUAGAAUAAAAAAAAAGUAGAAUAUAAAAAUGAAAAUAUUUGUAAAACAGUCCAGUCAUCUGCACUUUCUGCAUUGUUGCACUUUCACCCGAAGCGCUAGAGAGUAGUUGCAAUCUCUGGAGGUGGAUUGACCCCAAGGAUAAUUGGAACCGAUUCGACACGUGCCUGGGGUGAAAUUUAUUUAACUCGGCUUCAUAUAUAUUUAUCCUAGUUCUAUGUGGAUUAUAUAAAACCCGUUUAAAUUCUUAUAAAUCAUCAUUAUAAUCUCUUAGAGUUACUUUUGUAAUUUAAUGUCCUAGAAAU